AUCGGAGGGGCAGUCGUGAACCCAGGGCAGAGAUUGUCGACGGAAGAUGUUUUCUACUUCUUUGGUCCUUCCUGGGUCCUUACGUUGGCAGCGUUUAAUUUACCAAGAAAAUUACUAAAGUCAUGGAAAAAACGAAUUACAUUCGAGGCACGGUCUUGACUUUUUCGCAGUUUCGCCGUCAUUAUUGUUUUUGUUCGGCUCCAGACAGUCAAAUUUGAAGGGAGCCGGCGAGGCAGGAGUCAGUCUCGCCGCAUCGGUUGAUGGAAGUGGAGUGUUUUAUUUGUGAGCGGGUUUGCUGGUGUUUCGGGCGAGUUUGUUUUUGCUGAUUUAUUUUGGACUUUCCCCGGGGUUUUCUUGCAGUUGCUUCAAAAAUUGAAAAUUAGUAUCGGUUGCAUCCUUCGAUGACGUUGCUGACAUUUAGCUAAGUGGCUGACCGGUUCUCAAAAAGAAUCCCUAACACGCAUCAUUCCCGCGGGAACGUUCUGUGAGGUGCCGUGCAGCCGCUACCGAUUGUCUUUUGUGUCUGUCGCCCGGUGUUUUUAUUGUUGACAGCUUCCCUGACCUGAAAUGAACAAGUUGCUGUUUACGACAUCAAUAUAGAAAUUGCUUUGGUGUGGAAAUUCUGACGAACCUACCCUUAGUGAUUAUCUGUUGUUCGUUUACCUGGAAGCAAGGAUUCUCUGCUAAUCGGAUUAGACGAGAUUCAUAGAAGAGCGAAAAGUGAGGAGGACGUCUCCCAACGAAAAUCCAGGAGCACAGGAAUUGCUUAAAAUUAUGGCGGCAGCUACAAGUGUUGUUGUUCUUGACCGCGGCAACAACACCACAUGCACUAUCAAUUUGCACGGAGCAACAGUAGUAUCAUGGCGAGUUAAUAAUCAGGAGCAAUUAUUUGUCAGUAAAUUGGCAUCUUUUGAUGGGAAAAAGGCUAUCAGAGGGGGAAUCCCAUUCGUAUUUCCGCAAUUUGGGCCGUGGUCAUAUGGUCCGCAGCACGGAUUCGCAAGGAUAACAAGGUGGACUCUAGAACGGCCACCCGAAAGAUUGCAUAAUGGUGAUGUUGAGGCAUUGUUUUCGUUAAUGGAUAAUGAAUUUACCAGAUCUAUGUGGAAUUAUCAAUUUCGGAUAACAUAUCGUCUCAUACUUCGAGAGAAAGAAUUACAUUUCCACAUUGGUGUUUAUAACCCCAGCAAAGAUUUAACGUUUUCCUUCAAUUUACUACUGCACACCUAUUUGAAAGUUCCUGAUGUUCGUCGCUGCCAAAUUACAGGUUUACAUGGUUGUACAUUUAUUGAUAAGACUAGAGAUGGUGCUAUUUAUCAAGAAGGUCGUGAGGUUGUAACAAUUGGCGAGUGGACGGAUAGAAUAUACCAGCAUACACCCCAAGAGCACAUUAUAACAAAUGUUGUAUCGGGACGAAAAAUGAGGCUGCAGAAGUACAAUUUCCCAGAUACAGUUAUCUGGAACCCAUGGGUAGAUCAGGCACGUGAAAUAGCAGAUUUCGGUGACGAUGAAUAUCCUAAUAUGUUAUGUGUUGAAUCUGGACAUGUGUCGACACCUGUAAUACUACUUCCAGGCACUGCAUUCGAAGCCAGCCAAAUUUUGCAGAUAAUAAUUGAAGGUAACGUGAGUAGAAAGUCAAAACGGAGUCGCUAACCAUCACGUAAGCGGGGUGCUCAACAGAGUUAAACAAAAAGUCAGUUGUUUUGAAAUUGUUUUGAAUGGGCGGAGUAGUUGAUAGGUUCCCUAUCAAAAUAAAAAAAACAAUGGUUAACUUCGGAAUACCAUAAUUUCGCCAACGCCAAAUAAACGAAAUUCAACAACCUAUUAGCUUCUUGAGUCACUCCGGAUUAGAUAUGCUCCUUUUCACCAACAAAGCCGCUCCCAUUUCUCAAAUAAUAAAGUUCAGUAUUGUGGGCUUUUGUGAAAGGAAGGGGAAGGGCUGGGCUACACCAUGUUUCAUUAUAUACAUUCUAUUUUUUUUUUCGAUUAGGUCGCUAUGUUGUUCAAGCAUAAACGCGUUUUCAGUAACAUAUAUUCAUUUCAUUCGAAUUUUCAGAACCACAUAGCUGGUGAAACCUAGGCCCGUCGGUUUUCUUUUGAAAUCAAAUCAAGAAAAAUUUAAAAAAAUGAACUUAUAAGUAGAAGAGUUAUAUCAGAAAUUAUAAAUAGAAAAAAAAAUGAAAUGAACUUGAGGCGCGUUUUGAAAUUAAUUAAGAGUAGAAAUCUCCAAUUGAGUCUUGCCCUGUUAGUUACAUGGAUACGAUUUCACCAUAUUCAUUAACAAACUUCAAACCCUGGUUCGCACGCUUUACUUUUGUGAUCAAGUCAAAAAUAAAAAAAGCCCUAGAAUUAUCGUGACGUAUAUUUUACAACCAUUGAAAUAAUUAGAGUAUUAGAAAAAUUAUGAAAUAUUUAGUUUUAUUGAAUUUUAGAAAAAUAAAAAAUCAAAAUACUAUUCGCAAAAUUAUGUAUACGAUUACAAAGUACAUUCGGCAUUGAAUAUUUAAGAUAUCUUUAAGGAGGAAAAUUUAGGCAUUAUUUGAAAUAGAAUUCAUGGAAUGAACGAGUGUAUAAUUUCCAUCAAUAGAGUAGUAAUAAACUUGUUGAAAACAAAUAUACGUAUCGCCAUUUCGAAAACAAUUAAUACUAUAUUUUAGGCCAAGAAAGGGAGAAUGUGGUAAAUAAAAGUUUUCAAAUAUAUGAUAAAAUGUGUGAUUCACUGGGCGCAUAAAAUUGCUCCAGUUCAAUGUUCCACGUAAAUUUACGAUAUAGUUAGAGUUGAAUAUUUUUUCUAUUGCGCCUAGUAUAAACUUUGGUCAUAUAUAUGUACAUUACUUUAGUAAUUAUUUCUUGCCUUAAUGCAUUCUGUUUACAUAUUUAUAUUCGUCGCGUAUAUUUUGUAUUUUAUUUUCAAGAAAAUUACUUUCGCAUCGUGACUUCCAAUAGAAAAUUUUAGCGCACAAAGACAUUUUUACUUCUAUUUGAUAUAUGAUACAAAGUAUUCCUAAGAAAACAAUAUGAAACACUGCGGUGUGGAUGGUAAUUAGAAUUCAAAUAAUAAAAUAAAUAAUGUAGA